CCCACCAUCAGGACACCAUGAAGGUUCUAGUUUCCAUCACAGUUUUUGGUCUUCUCGCAGCAUUUAUAUCUGGCGAGAGAUGUCAAGGGGCAGACGAUUGUACUCUGGAGACAUGCGCAUCCGGAUCCUUCAUCGGCUGUACACAGGGAAUAUGCACGUGCCUAACGGAGAGACGUUGUCGUGGACUUCGGGACUGCUAUGGACUUCCGGCCUGUGCUGAUCAGAACGCUUCCUGGCACUGCUUUGACAACGUCUGCAAGUGCAUUGACAUCUAACUUGAUUGUACAUGCUUGUAUUGGCACAA